AUGGAUCUUCCUGGCGUGCGGGCAAGUGAUGAGGAUGAGUCCCAGGGUGUGAACGAUGCCAUCAUAGCAAUGGUCACUGAGUCGAUGCGUAUGCCCAAUUCCAUCGUGGUGUGCCUCGCAGACUCCACUACAGAGUCAGCAAAUGACAACAUGGUGAAACUCUUCCGUGAGCGAGGAACUGGAGUCAUGUGCUUCUCGGACCGGCUGGUUCUGGUGCUUACCAAAGCCGACAACUGGUUUGCCACUACCGGGCGCGCCGAAGUUGCGCGAAGCCAUCUCCAAAGCUGGAAGGAGGGGUUCUACGGCAUUGAGCCCAUGUUGAUGGGCAGCUCGCUUGACAAGAAUGUGGACUCCAAAGAUGUGCUCGUGCGCAAUGCGGAGUAUGAAAGGGCAAAUGACCGCGAGGAGCAGAACAUCACCAGGUUUCGGCACGACGUCUUGGGCACCUUGCAAGGUGAUGAGCGGAAGUUCUGGGAGGAGAAAGUCGGCUUCAAGCAUGUGCAAAGUGCCGUGCAGCAGAUGUCCCUCACGAUGGACCUGUCGAAGAUGCAGGAAAUCAAGGACAAGAUCCAAAAGCGUUGCAACCAGGUAAAGUUGGGGCUGGACAAAGCUAGGGCAGCCUGCGGCAACUCAGAUCCUCCUUGCCUCGCUGUGCAUCUCUCAUCAUCCCAUGAUCUCGAGGAGACAGCGAAGACCCUCGUCCAGGAGGAGGAAGAGUUCAGGCAAGUUGCGGCCGAUUUCUCGCCGGAUGCGAUGCAGGCGGCAUGGAAUGAGCAGAAAAUGCUGAACAACAUACAGUCGCGCAGCUGA